AUGCUGGAGAAGUUGCCGUGUGAGAUCCUGAUGCUGAUCGCGGAUUGGCUGCCACCGGCCAGCCUGCGCGCCCUCAGCCGAGCUUCAUCUAGAGUGUAUUCUAUCCUGAUUCCUCAGAUCUACCGCACCAUUGCAUACCGCGCAGAUAGCGAGUGGGCUCUGAACGUGCUGGAUGUUGGCUCCUUCUUUCUCCACCUCGGCCAUUCUCGUGCCGCGGAUUAUCUACAACACGCGAGACACCUGCAGAUCCAGGCUCCAUUCCACCUCGUCCGGUUCAACCGAUGUGCAUACUACAACAUAUUUCCGUCAAAGUCCCGCAUCGAGGACGCCAUCAGACACCACCGCACGACAUUGAAAAGCCUUGUCUACCACGAGCGCCAACUUGCUCCGGUCGAUGAGGAUGGCUUGUUCGAGGACGACAGGGACGUAUCGCCCGCGUGGAUUGCAGGUUUGUCUACCAUUGUGGAUCUAGGUCGGGUGACUGCUCUGGCCCUAUGUGCAAGUCCGUCUGCGGCACGGCGGUGCCUACGUCCAACGGCGAACCGUUCUCAGAUCCGGAUUUUACACUUGCGGUUUAGCGGUCCCGAGCGAAUACAUCGAGACAUCCAACGAGAGAUCAUCACCUUCCUGCAUGAGAAGCGCAGAUGGUAUCGCCGGGGCUCUCGCUUGCACUGGAGUCCCGUGAAUCCGGGUACCGGGUGCUCCAAUGACGAAAGUGACUAUGGUCCCAUUCUCAGCGCGUAUUUUGAUCGGUCGCCACUCGAGUAUAUAGAUCUGCAGGAAGCAGUGCUCGAGUCUUCGGUGGCUAUUGCGGAGGCUGAGGAAAUUGUGUCAUUUGCCGAAUGGGCUUUCGGCCCUCGCGGACUGCCAGCUCUGCGGGUCCUUGCUUUCGGCGACUUCUCCCACGGUGAUCGAUACAGUGGGCAGCAGUUUCUGUUGCGUCGUGCCUAUCCUGCAUGGGAGUUUGCCAGCAAGAGUGUCGCCGGCGAUACAUGCGACGAUACGAUGCGAGUGCCAUUUCGUCCGGCGGAUAUGGCUGAUCCUUCCCUUUGGGAUGGUGUUUCGGUGGAGGGAGCUCGGUUUCUUUCUGCAUGUCCAGGGGGUGGGUUGAUGGAGUCACCGUACGAGCUGUAG